AUGGCGACGACGGGCGAGCUCGAGGGCGACCUGCGCUACAUCAUCCCCGGGCGCUUCGCCUGGUGCUGCAUCCCCGAGCGCAUUUUAGCGCGGGACCCGGAGCCGAAGAUCGCCGGCGCGCGCUGCUUCUGCACGGACUCGACCUUCGUCUACGAGCAGUUCUUCGCCGACUUUGGCCCGCUGAACCUCGGCUGCGUCGUGCGCUACUGCCGCGCGACGGCCGAGCUCCUGCAACGAUGCGGCGACGAGAAGCUGGUGCUCGUGCACUACUGCAGCGACCACCGGCACCGGCGCACGAACGCGGCCUUUUUGGCCUGCGCCUUCGCCGUCGUCGCCCUGCGCUGGAGCGUGCGCCGCGCCUACGCGCCCUUCGUCGACUGCAGCCCCCCCCUGCACCCGUUCCGCGACGCCGGCUUCGGCGUGUGCACGUACCAGCUCCUCCUCGUCGACGUGCUCCGGGGCGUCGCCAAGGCCCUGGCGCUGGGCCAUCUGGACUACGCGACCUUCGACUGCGACGAAUACGACCGCAUGGAGCGCCUCGAGCACGGCGAUCUGGCCCCGCUCGCGCGGCGCCGCGAGAUCGCGCCGGGCGUGCACACCUUCGCGCCGGAGGACUACGUGCCCCUCUUCCAGCGUCUGGGCGUGACCUGCGUCGUGCGCUUCAACAAGAAGCUCUACGACAAGCGCGCGUUCACGCGCGCGGGCAUCCGCCACGUCGAAUUGUUCUACGAGGACGGCGGCAACCCGUCGGAGCAGAUCAUGCAGCGCUUCAUCCAGGUCUGCGAGCAGGAGCCGGGGGCCAUCGCCGUGCACUGCAAGGCGGGCCUGGGCCGCACGGGCACGAACAUCGGCGCCUACAUGAUGAAGCACUGGGGCUACAGCGCGACGGAGUGCAUGGGCUGGAUGCGCGUCUGCCGCCCGGGCUCCGUCAUCGGGCCCCAGCAGCAGUUCAUCCUCGACGCCGAGGACCGCCUCUGGCGCGAGGGCGACAUCUUCCGCCGCCAGCGCGGCAACUGGCCCGAGCAGCCCCUCCCGGACCACGCGGCCCGCUCCGACGCCGCGCCCGCGGCCUACCUGCCCGCGGCCGUGCCCGCGCCCCUCUCCAACGCGCGCGGCCACCCGAGCUCCCGCAAGGCCGGCCGCGACACCCACGACAACUUCGUCCAGGGCAACGGCCGCCGCCGCACGACGGGGUAG